CACCGCGCCGACUCCGAGUCCGAGCUGUCUGUCUGCUGCCAGGGGCGGACAUGUUGGGGCGGCCUGCUGGAGGACAGUACCACACAUAUUUCUGAAUUUACCCGAGAAAGCGACCGCGGAGCAGAGACGGGACGCCAUGGACGCCGUCAACGCGUUUAAUCACGAGUUGUUCUCCUUGAUGGACACCAAGCCCCCCAUCUCGAGGGCCAAGAUGAUCUCUAUCACCAAAUCUGCCAUAAAAGCUAUCAAAUUAUACAAGCAUGUUGUCCAGAUAGUGGAAAAGUUCAUAAAGAAGUGCAAACCGGAGUACAAAGUUCCCGGUCUCUAUGUGGUGGAUUCCAUUGUGAGACAGUCACGGCAUCAGUUUGGAGCAGAUAAAGAUGUGUUUGGACCCAGGUUUACUAAAAACAUCACUGGGACAUUUGAGAAUCUAUGCUUGUGUCCCACUGAAGAUCGGAGUAAGAUAGUACGAGUGCUCAACCUGUGGCAGAAGAAUGGAGUGUUUAAGAUCGAGGUCAUUCAGCCUCUGUUGGACAUGGCUGCUGGGUCCAGCAGCUCCUCAGGCUUGGACAAUGGCCCAGAUGCAGCUUCUCCACAGUCUCCCGUGAGGGAACAGGAGGCUCAUCCUGUGGUGACGACAAACUCAAUUGUAGCAGCUGUGCCUCAGCUUCAGAACUCGGAUGCCUUUGCUGCAGUUGCUCAGCUAAUUCAGUCUUCUCAAGGACAGCAGCUUCAGCAGAUGCUGCAGAACUUUCAGCCACCAGGGAAACCUCAGUCUCCGGUGGUGGACAAUAACAGGAGUCAUCUCCAUCUACAAGCCCAGGCUAUAGCACCCCCAUCCACCAUCCCACAUCAGCACAUCCAUCACGCACCGCAGCCUGUGGAAAAGAAAGCCACCUUCGACAAGACAAUUCUUGACCGCUUUGACUAUGACGAUGAGCCAGAUGCAGGAGAGGAUGCCAAGAAGGAGGAAGCGCAGUCUGUCCAACCUUCUAUGGGUUUUCCUGAGCAAACUGUCCCAGGAUUUCCUCCAGCCAAUCAGAUGCAGCACUUUCAACAGCAUAUGAUGGCUGUAUCACAGCGCCAACAGGUUGUUCUACCUUCAAAUGGACAGGUCCAAGGCUUUGGUCUCAUGACCUCUCAGCCCUAUCCAGGCAUGAUGCCUCCAAUGGGGCAGCCGAACGCAGCUUUCCCUCCUCAAAAUGAGGCCUUCAAUCAACUCAUGUCUGGACAUGCGGAAAGUCUGAUGAAUUCAGAUGCAUCUGCGAGGUCUGCCCAUGAAGACAAGAGGUCAAGGUCACGCUCGGGGUCGAGGUCUCCUAAAAGAAGAAGGUCUCGAUCCAAUUCCCGGUCCAGACGAAUGAGGCAUCGACGAUCUCGGUCUCGAGAACGGCGGCGUCAGUCACCUCGCUCGCGCUCUCAGGAAAGGAGAGACAGAGAAAAGGAAAGAGAACGAAGACAGAAAGGCCUCCCUCCUGUUAAAAAUAACACACUCAGUGUGUGCAGCACAACUCUAUGGGUGGGUCAGCUGGAUAAGAGGACACAGCAGCAGGACGUGGCCUCUAUACUAGAGGAGUUUGGCCAGAUAGAUUCAAUUAAUAUGAUUCCUCCACGAGGUUGUGCCUACAUCGUCAUGAUUCAUCGUCAAGAUGCCUAUCGAGCCCUGCAAAAACUAAGCAGAGGUCCAUACAAAGUCAACCAGAAAGCCAUUAAGAUUGCCUGGGCUCUAAAUAAGGGCAUUAAGGCUGAAUUCAAGCAGUAUUGGGAUGUGGAAUUGGGUGUUACCUAUGUUCCAUGGUCCAAGGUAAAGAUGGAGGACUUGGACGUAUUCAGAGAAGGAGGGAUGCUGGAUUCUGACACUCUUGCGCCAGAAUGGCGAAACUCUCAGAUUGAACAGAAGACUGAUGAGUCUCAGAACGGCCGGCCAGAGGUGGGAAAAGUGGAAGAGACCCAAACUGUCAUACCUAUGCAGGUUCCUCCUGUCCAGCCAAUAGGAGCAGUCGGUGUCCCACCUCCGGGAUUCCCAGCACACAUGAACAUCCCACCACCCUCAUUCCCACCUGGUGUUCCUCCACCUCCAGGUCCCUUCAUGCGGCCAGCCUUUAACCCCAUGCAGAUGCCACCAGGAUUUCUCCCACCGGGUGCCAUGCCCCAUAUGGGUGCUGCUGGCCCUCCUCCACCUACAGCAGGCAUCGGGAUGCCUCCAGUUGGCAGCUCUGUUGAAAACCUGUCGAAUGAUUCAGCAGGUCUGGGCCCAAAAAUCAGCACUGAUGGAGCAGAUGUGUUCAACUCAGGAAACCAGGUGCCUCCUGGAGCUCCACCAGGGAUGGGCAUGCAGUCUCCUCCUGGUCUUCUUGGCACAAGGCCAGGUAUGAUGCCUCUUCAGCGGCCCCCGGGGAUGCCACCUCCGCACAUGCAGCGAUUCCCCAUUCCCCCACCUCGGGCAGGCAUGCCACCCAUGCCACCACAGAUGAUGCCACCCAGGGGUCCACCUCAGAUGAUGCACCGCGAACCUCCACCGGGUGGUUUCAGCAUGCCUCCUCCACCUCAUGGCAUCCGGGGACCGUUCCCACCUCCCGGACCUCACUUUAUGAGGCCGAGCUUACCAAGGCCUGAGGGGCCAAAUGAUCAUGAGGCUCGACCUUUUAGAGGAGAACGUCCCGGAUUAGGAAGAGGCCGAGAGCAGGACUGGUUUGGAGGACGACGGCCUUUUGGUGAGGGACGUGGUGGGGAAAGACCAGAUGGACGUGAGCGGUUUGGAGGAUGGCACGAGGAGCCAGAGAAACCAGGUGGGUGGGAAAGAGAACGCAGGGAGGAACGCUGGAGGAGAAGUCCAGAUGGAGAACGAGGACGUGAUGGUGGAGAGAGGGAACGAGGACGCGAUGGUGGAGAGAGGGAAAGAGGACGCGAUGGUGGAGAGAGGGAACGAGGACGUGAUGGUGGAGAGAGGGAACGAGGACGCGAUGGUGGAGAGCGGGAACGAGGACGCGAUGGUGGAGAGCGGGAACGAGGACGCGAAGGUGGAGAGAGGGAACGAGGACGCGAUACUGGAGAGCGGGAACGAGGCCGCGAUGGUGAAGAACGGACCAAGCGGCCCGCAGGGAGCAGAGAGAGGAGCACACGCUGGGACCGCGACGAUAGACUCGAUCGAUUGGGUCUGGCCGGCGAGGAACCCAAUGAGAGACUCUCAGCAAAUACCAACGAGCCCAGUGCAAACCCUACUAAAGAACUUGCUGAAGCCAAGCCAGAUGUUCCAGCACCUUCUGCUGCAGCUACAGCAGACUCGGAAGCUUCAGAACCCAUAGCAGAGAACAAAUCUGAAGAACAAACACAAAAAGAGGAGUCGUAGAGGCUUCUUUACUCAUUAAGACCACAUGAGCUUCUUCUGUGUCAGUGCUAAUCUUGAAUACUGCUGGCUAAAAAGCAAAGUCCAACUGUUGUGGGACGCUUUAUGCAUAUGAGGAUUGCUUCGUCAUCACAAACCAAGUUUUUCAAAUUUGUGUUUUGGCAAACGUGGAGCGUUGCCUUGUGAAUUUAUUGUCCCACCUCAAUGAAGCUUGAAUGUUGUAUUAAAACUGAAGAUAAGGAAAAGAAACGAUUAAUUGUUUGCUGUACAUAUGCUAACAUUACUCCAAUAAUGUUUGUAGAUUUUGACUGGCUUUUUUUUUUUCCAAUGAUAUCCCUGUUGAGUUUAAUAUUUGGAAACGCUGACUAAAAUAUGACAUUAAGACCCUUUUGCUGUAAUGUUUUUAACUUAAUGUUUACAACAUUCAAAAAAAAAAAAAAAAAAAACGACACAAGAUGUUUUUAUCAUUUUUAAGUUUUUGGAGAUAGGAACUCCAAAUAUUUCAGCGACAGGAGGUGGUUUUAAUAAAAUAUUUUCAUACCAAAUGAA